CUCAGUGAGGAAUUUUAACUGCUUCAACUUCUGUCUUCAGUUUGUUAACAGCAUCUGUCUCCUGUCCCCCUGUCUGUCUCUCAGGUUCGAUGACAAGGACCAUAAUUGCUUCACUUUCUGUCUUCGGUUCAUUAACAGUGUCCUGGCGACAGAGGGGCGGAGAUCUCUGAGCAGAGAGACCUUCACUCACAGCUUCAUCCUGCCGAGGAUGAGGAGGGUCACGAAAUACACCACACUGUACCAACAUAUCCAGAGACACCAGUACUACGUGGUGGACAGACAGGGGGACAGAAAGGGGGACAGUCCUCUGAACUAAAGCUUUGACUUGAACUUGUUUAAAGCAGUUGUUACAUCAUCUGAUCAGGUGUCUGCUCUCAGACUGUCGCACAGGUGAAGACGCUGACACAGGUACGUGGUGACACCUGGUCUGGGGUCGUGAGGUGGCUAAAUUCACAGACACGACAUCAGAGACCUUCUCUGCUGUGGAAUUAAGAUUCAGGUCUGGAGUGGUGGACAUACCUGCAGGAAGAACACCUGGAGUACUAUACACCUGUACCAGGUGUUAACUGGUGAGGAACACUGGGCUGUUAACUGGUGAGGAACACUGGGCUGUAAACUGGUAAGGAACACUGGGCUGUUAACUGGUAAGCAACACUGGGCUGUUAACUGGUAAGGAACACUGGGCUGUAAACUGGUAAGGAACACUGGGCUGUAAACUGGUGAGGAACACUGGGCUGUAAACUGGUAAGGAACACUGGGCUGUUAACUGGUAAGGAACACUGGGCUGUAAACUGGUGAGGAACACUGGGCUGUUAACUGGUGAGGAACACUUAGCUGGUUGACGGUUUGUGUUCUUCAUCAGAACGAUCAUAGAACAAUAAAACAUUCAGUUCCAAACAGAAUCCUUCAUCAUCAUCAUGUUGGAACAGUUUAAAAAAGCUUCUCCUGUAUGUUCUGACUAAAGAUAAGUUCUGAUUAAAUGUUCCUCAGGUUCUG